AUGAAUACUAAAUACAGGAUUUCAAAAUACUUGACAAGUGUAUUUUGUGGGUUACCUAUUGACAUAGAAACUAGAAACAAGUAUUUUUUAAGAAUACGCCAAUUAUUAUUGGAUAAACUUGUUGUUAUUAAAAAUAGAAUGAAGAAACAAGAAAAGAACAGACAAACUACAACUUAUAUUAAAUUUAGUCAUGGUCGAACAUGGUAUUUGGGGUUUUAUAUCCCAUGCUCGUUUUGUAGUAAGUUCUAUGCUUAUGUUAUGUCAAGAAAUAAAAAAGUUUGUCAAAAUUGUCGUUCGAAGGUGAUAGUAACUCCUACACCUCCACCACAAAAUGUGUUUAAGAAUUUUUGUCAAGUUAAACAAGUAAUAAGUAAACGCGUAGGCGUGUCUUAUACAAAAAAAGUCUCGAUGGACGGUGGAGCUGGAGCAGAAAAGUAUAAAAAGAGGUUUAAAAACAGCCUCAAGAGUAACAAGAAUAAAUGGCAGUUUACAAAUAAUGGAAUUGAAUCAAAGGUACUCAUUUCCAAACAUAGGUUGAAACGUAGAACUGAUAUUCUUAAGAAACAUUAUAUAUCAGAAAAAGAAAUGGAGUUUCUGAAAAAAGAAGCUUUUUUUGAACGAAAAGAUAGUAAGAUAGCAGAACAGUCGAGUAGUGCUGGUCAAUGUACUACGAUAGACAAUAUUAUUACAAACCUUCAGGAAAUGGAAAUUAGUGGACAGAAUAAUGUCGCUCCUUGGCAGGAAAUACUCGGGAGGCAAGAACCUAUUACAAAGGCAGAAUUUCAUCAGGAAUUGAAUAGUAUUAGAGAUAAAUGUCUUUUAACGACAUAUUGUAAUAGUGUUAGAAGAGGGAGGCGUGUACGUGAUGUUACUCAUGACUACGUGGUUAAUCAAUGUGCAAUUAGAGCUCGUAAAAUAGAGCAAGAUAAAAAAGCUAAGUCACAUAGUAAAAAACAUACUGAAGUGUGUGUCAAAGAUGUUGACUGUAAUAUGUUAGAAAGUAAUUGGAAUAAAUGGAAUGAUUUGGCAUUCCAUCGAGGUGGUUAUUAUUGGGCAAAUUUUUAGGUAGAUCAUAACAGUCACCUUUGAAUUUGAGGUCGCAUCAUGGUUUUUAACAAUGAUGUGAUCGUUUAGGUGAUAGGUCGACUUGUUCUUUAUAAAAAGUAGUCUUGUUUCAUAAUGCUUAAUUCUUAUAUGUAUU